GGCGGCGGGGGCGGCGACGACGCGGGGGCGGGCGGCGGGCCGGCGGGCGCCGUGGACGCGGCCGGCAACCUGCUGGGCGGCGCCGAGGACCCCGCCGCCGCCGCGGCCGUCGCCGAGCACGUGUCCUCCUUCCUGCACCACCACCCGGGGCUCGCCGACGGGUCGCACCACCGCAGAUACUACCACCAGCAGAUGCACUCGCCCUACACCGCCUCCCACGCAGCUGCGGCGCGCAUGGGGACGUCGCAGGUGUGCCGGCCGCACUUCCACACGCCGCUGCACCCUUGGCUGUCGGACACGAGUAAGCCGGCCUGGUGCAGCCCGUUCGCAGCGCCUGCGGGGGCCGGCGUCGGUGUCGACGAGAAGCCUCUGUCCCCCGCGCCGGUGGUGGCGGGGGCCGGUGCUGCGGCGGCGGCCGCUGCGGCGGCGGCGCACGCGCCGCACCACCUGUUCAGCUUCCCGCCGACGCCACCCAAGGACGCCACCCCCGACUCGGUGACGGCCGCGUCGUCGACGGCCGCAUCCGCCGUCUCGGAGUACCAGCACGCAGCCGCCGCCGUGGCGCACGCCGCCGCCAUGGGCGUCGCCUUCAUGCAGCAGCAGCAGCACCAGCAGCAACAACAGCAGCAACAGCAGCAGCAACAACAGCAGCAGCAGCAAGAAGACGGCAGCGUGGUCGGCUACGGCGGCGCGGGGUCCGGCGCGCUCGACGUCAAACCGGGCCUCAACAUGCUCAACUCGCUCGGGGCCGGCGGGGGCGGAGGCGGCGGCGGCGCCGGCGGCGCCAACUGCGCGGGCGGCAACGGCGCGGCGGCCGCGGCGGCGGCGGCAGCGGCGGCGGCGGUCAAGCAGCGGGAAGGUAUGGCGGCCGUCGCGACGUCGUCCUCCUCCUCGUACUCGACGUCCCCAGGGCCCGGCAGCGCCGGCAUGCCGACCGCCAACCACGUGUCCACUGUCGGCGAGUACCCCUACCCGCACCCCCACCACGACAUGGGGUACGCGGCGCACCACCACCACCACCACCCCCUGAACCACCACCACCACCAUCACCACCACGCGAGUACGGCGGCGGCGGCGGCCAUGUUCAGCGCCAAGGCCCUGGCGUCGACGGGCCACGCGCACGCCCACGGCCACGGGCACGGGCACGGCCACGGGCACCCGGGCGCCACGCACGCGCACGCGGCGCAGAACGCCGCCUCGGCCAAUGCCAAAGCGUCGCGGACGAAAUCGCGGUCCAGCGCCGAGGGCCGCGAGUGCGUCAACUGCGGAGCGACGUCGACCCCGCUGUGGCGGCGCGACGGCACGGGCCACUACCUGUGCAACGCCUGCGGCCUCUACUACAAGAUGAACGGCCAGAACCGACCGCUCAUAAAGCCCAAGAGGAGACUGUCUUUGCAGUCGGCGGCGAGGCGGGCGGGCACGAGCUGCGCCAACUGCAAGACGACCACGACGACGCUGUGGCGCCGCAACCAGAACGGCGAGCCCGUCUGCAACGCCUGCGGCCUCUACUACAAGCUGCACAACGUGAACCGGCCGCUGACGAUGAAGAAGGAGGGCAUCCAGACGCGCAACCGGAAGCUGUCGUCCAAGUCUAAGAAGAAGAAGGGUGGCGGCGGCGGGUGCCUGUCGCUGGGCGGCGUCAUGUCGGAUAUGAUGAAGCCGCUGGACGCGGCCAAGGGCGGCGCGGCCGGCUUCGGGGCGGCGGCGGCGGCUGCGGCGGCGGGCGGCGGCUUCGGCGGCGGGCACCUGCACGCGAUGCCGCACUACAUGUACCACCACCAGCACCAGCAGGGCUUCAUCAACCACCACCACCAGCACGCCGCGCCGCCGGGCCCGCCGCCGGCGCCGCCCCACCCCGCCAUGCACCACCACCACAUGGCGCCCCUCGGCGGCCUCGGGCUCGCCGCCUCCUCAAACGGCAUGAUCCAGUGGGAUAUUCGUAAUACGAACAAUCUACAGAAAGUCAAUAUUCAGUGGGAUAUUAGGAAUGCAAACAGCCUGCAAAGAGACAAUACCAGCUGGCGGGCAGAGUACACGUGAUAACUCGGGCCGCAGCCGCCGGACUUCGCCGCUGCCCCCGACGCGGCGCUGUUUCUCGGCGGAGACAACCCCCUAUGGCUACCGCCGCCAUCGGACCUUCUCCUAUGACGAGGAUCACCUGUCACCCCGCAACAAUGCUGUUGUCGUUUCCUGGAAGCGCUGAAACGAGAGUUUUGCGGGACCCCUUGUGAUACCCAAUCGUGACUAAAAUAUCGUCUAGCUCUGGUACUGCGACAAUGAAAACACUUGCUGUCCAUUGUGCGUAGACAAAGAGACAAAAACGACUGCAGUUCGUCGGUUCUGCCGCGUGCGGCUCUAAAACUAAAAAAGUUAACCAAGUACAAAGAGUUGAGAAAAGAAAUGUCUAUCAGAGCAAAGAGAUUGUGAGUUGCCCCUCUCUGUUCCCGCUCCCUCCCAAUGGACGCCGUGGACGUGACUACGUUUUAUGUGUGCAAUCAACAUAUUUCUUAAUAUCUAUAUAUCUAAAUAUAAUAAGCUAGUGUAAAGAGAAUUGACUAAGAAUUGUGAAACAAGCUAAAAAAUGAACGAAAUCAAGUAUCAGGUUUAUUGCAGACGAUUUCACGACUUUAUAUUUUGUAUGUGUUGCAGAAUUUGUUUUUAAGCAAUGUAACAAGCAAAAAUGCAGUCAAAACUUUCCUGUUUGUCUUGUUAAUUUUGCGAAAAAGAGACGGAAAUGGCGAUGGUCAUUACAUAGAUUGUUGUAGCGCUUUAAGUAACAAUACAAGUGUGUCCUCUUGUUGUUGAUAAUGGAAAUUGAGUCACUGUUUUGAAUCAAUUGUACGCACUUACCGUUUAAACAAUAUUCAUUACGAUAGUAUUAAAGUUUCUCUCUUUAUACAAAUAAAAACCAAUCUUCAAGGCGUGUGCGCAUGUCUUUCGUCGUUUUCAGUCACCGUUACGUUUCUACGAUGUGAAGAAAACUGAAGAUAACAAAUUUACUUCAUAUGUACACUAAUAUUUUUGUGAUGAAAUAUCAAACACACACACACACACACACACACACACACACACACACAUAUAUAUACAAAUGAAAAGAGAAAAACACUGAAAAUGUAUCUGCUACAUUAUGGAUCAGCCGAGUUGUUAUUUAUUGAAAUUGAUGUAUUACACAGUACUAUUAAUUUUCAUUCGUGUAGCAUAUUCAGGGAGUUGAAUCCAUUUUGUUUUUCUCAAGGCUAUAACUUUCUAGUCUAUUCACGUAAGUGCAACCGACCGAAAUGACAAUAUUCUCCCUUUCAGCGAUGUGUACUCAGCGCAUAAAUUUCACACACACAGUUGUUGCAGCAAUGCACUUUCCUUUUACUCCUAAUUGGUUAAGCAUUCAUUUUUCGGAACUCACUGUUGUUAGGCCAAGAGUUCCUUAAAUUCCUGAUGCACAUAGACAGAAUUAAAUCUCAAAUUUAUCCAUUCCCUGAUGAACGUGUUAUUCUCCAUUACUGAAAUAAUAAACUGGAAAUAGAUAACACAUACAUCAAAAUCUACAGCAUCAGGCUGGGGGUCUCUUUGUUUGAUUGUGCAGAAAUUAACAAAAUAUGCAUUUAUUUAUUUACCACUGGUGCCAUUUGAGCCUUCAUUAAAACAAUAAUUGAAUACAAUUUUAACAUAAUCAGCAGCAAAUGCUUCCAUAUUUUUGUACUUAGUCAAAAAUGUUAUAUUGUUGCCAGUAAACUAAAAAUAUUGAUUGUAGUUUGCUUGCACACGUAACUGGAAGUUUCAACGGAUGCUCAUUGACCACUAAUGCAAAAUAACCAUUCACAGAGGUUUUUGUUUUCUGCACGUAUAAAGAAAAGCUUAAUAUUGUUGAAAACUGAGAGAAAUUAGAAAACUCUUAAGCUAGCAUAAUGAUGUAUAAACUGAAUUGUAAAAAUCAGCUGCAAAAGCCAACUGACAAAACAGCAACAUUUAGAAAUUGCACUGAGUGAGAGGAUAGCCAUUCGGACAAUGGCACUAAUAACCUGUGUCACGUCAUGAUGUAACUCUACAAGCAAGCAAGAAAGAAUGAAUGUGAAGACAGAACUAACAUCUCUGUAAUGAUUAUGUCUUUCCAGUAGUAGCUCUAACGACUACUUACUCCUGAAUAUGCUCACUGAGUGAAAUGGCCGAAGAGUAUUAUUUCAAAUAUUUCGAUGUUGUGUUGUUUAAAUAAAGUGUCAUUUUAGUGUGGAAA